AUGGCGACAAAGGCAGAUACAUUGGAGAAGGAGCCCCCUAUGGAGAUAUUCAAGCUCCUACCGAACAACACAAAUCCUAAUUGGAUCAAAGAUAGGGGGCUCCGUAAAUUGAAUUUGGCUAUUGUGUUCAUGUUCUCCAGUGCUUCUUCGGCUGGGUACACCGCAAGUCUUGUGAACAGCUUGUUUGUUCUACCUGAGUUUGGUGCUAUCAUUGGCGGACUAGACCCCAAUAUAGUUGGUUUGAUAAUUGCUGCCACUUCACUUGGGGCGUUAGUCUCCUUCGCACCGGCCUCUUAUAUUGCUGAUGCAUUCGGACGAAAGACGUGUAUUUUCAUUGGGGCCAGCAUUGUGAUCGUGGGAGCUAUCAUCCAAACCGCAGUCAAAAGCCACUGGGCCUUUUUUGGCACCAGAGUCUUGUCCGGUAUAGGGAUGGGCAUCGCCCAGACUGCAUCCCCACUCCUGGCCACUGAAAUCGCACACCCACGGCAGCGACAGACGGCCACGGCCCUGUACAAUGCAUCCUGGAGUUUUGGCGUUAUUAGUGCGGCGGCGGUUACGUAUGCAACCAUAGGAAUAGCAAAUAGUUGGUCGUGGAGACUUCCUUGUCUGCUGCAAAUAUCGUUCCCGUUGUUUUCGAUCCUAGGAUUGAUCAUGUUUGUGCCCGAAAGCCCGAGAUGGCUUGUGUCCAAAGGCAGGAAAGACGAAGCUCUGAGUAUUUUGGGGAAGUACCAUGCGAAUGGAGACACAGACGACGAGCUGGUUCAGUAUGAGUACCGUUUGAUAUGCAGCACGAUCACAGCCGAGAUCACCAAUACCACGGAUUGGAGCUCCUUCUUCUCAUCGAGAGGCGAUAUGCACCGAUUAACCAUCUGCGUAUUAGUCGGACUUAUGCAAGAAUGGGUUGGAAAUGGCCUCUUAUCCUAUUACCUCGCACCGAUUCUCGCAUCAGUGGGAAUCACGAAGGCAGCCGACCAAGCUGCUGUGAACGUCAGCCUCAAUGUCUGGAACCUCCUCCUUGCGGUAGCUGGUGCAUUUGCAUCGGAACGAUACGGCCGCCGCAUUCUAUGGCUUAUUUCCACGGGAGCCAUGAUCGUUUUCCUGUCCAUGUCCACACUGGCCGCUGGUCUAUUUGCCGAAAAGCAUCUUCCUGCUGCUGGGAUAGCGGCUGUUCCGCUCCUGUUUCUCUUCUUUGGUGCAUACGAUAUCGCUUAUGCGCCUCUCUUCAUAUCGUAUCCAGCUGAGAUCCUGCCCUUCCAACUGCGUGCCAAAGGCAUUGCUGUCACCCUUUCGGUGGACGCUGUGGCGUGUUUUUUCAACCAAUAUGUCAACCCAGUGGCGUUUACGGCGAUUGCAUGGAAGUAUUAUUGUGUCUUUCUUGGCUGUCUGAUAGUGUUCCUGGGUCUUAUAUACUUACUCUUCCCCGAGACGAAAGGGCGGUCUUUAGAAGAGGUUGCUAUGAUUUUCGACAAGGAAAACAAAUCAGAGGGUGAGAGAGAAGACCGACAAGAUACAGAUAUAAUAUAG